AUCACGAAGAUGGAUACAUGUCUGAUUUGAUCAUAUCUACACUUUUCUCCUCAACUUUUAGGUCGUCAAAAAACGAGUGCCAGAAUGACGGUUUGUUGUGAGUCGUGUGAAAGUCCAGGGAGCGGUGAGCGCUGCUCCUCUCCCCGGUCCGCUCAUCUCUUCACCCGGGAGACAGAAACCUUCCUGGGACUCAGCAAGAGAUUCAGGUCCACUAAGGGGGCGUCUAAAGCCAGGAGGGACCAGAUCAACUCUGAGAUCAGGAACAUGAGAACUCUGCUCCCAAUCCCUCAGGAGGACCAGGACAGACUGUCAUACCUCCACAGUAUGGCGGUUAUCACAGCGUACAUCAGGAAGAGCUUUCUGUACCAGGGAUUAUCAGUUGAUCAGAGUUGUCUCUCCUCUUCCUCCUCCUAUCCUCUGUACGAGACCUUCCUCCCAGCCCUGCAUGGUUUCAUUCUGGUCCUCUCCUCCCAGGGCAGGCUGGUCUACGUCUCCGAGAACGUCUCUGAUUACCUGGGGCUCUCCAUGGUUGAUGUCCUUCAGGGAGACACCUUCUAUGACCUGGUAGAGAGUCAGGACGUAGAGACUGUUAGAUCUCACCUGGAGACAGGCAGCACAACAUCAACUGGGAGGAGUUUUGUGUGUCGGAUGCACACCUCCAAGGCCUUCAGACUAGAGUAUGGGAACUGCUGUUCUAUAAUGGUCCGAGGACGCUACCAGACCGUCCCACAAUCCCCCCAGUCCACCCCCACGUCCUCCCCAGCCCGUAGCCAAUCUGGCCCCCCUGUGGAGAGGGUGUUCUUGGCUCUUUGCACCCCCACAGUGAACCGCCUGGGCAACAUCACCUCCUGCUCCUCCUCCUUCACCAGCCUCCACAGACCAGACAUGAGCUUCAGUCACCUGGACGACAGUGUUCUGUUAUACCUGGGCUACUCGUCGGAGGAGCUGAUUGGUCAAUCGUGGUACAGCCUCCUCCACCCUGAAGACCUCUCCUUGAGUGCCUACUCACAUAAGAGUCUGAUGCAGGCAGACGUGGGCAGUCAGAUGGAAAUGGUUCUGAGGCUCCAACACAGCAACCUCUCCUGGUCCUGGAUCUACACUAGAGCCACUAAGCAUUCUGGGAACGAGGAAGUGAGCUGCAGUAACCACAUUAUCAGUGAAACAGAAGCCAUGUAUCUGAGAAAGAAGAUCCACAGCGAUGCUUUCAGAGCCUCUCCUCCUCAGCCCUACUGCCCCUCUCCCACCCCCCAGCCGACCCAGGGCUGUUGCCCCACCAGGGACUUGAAGAGACAGAGAGCAUUCAGCCAGUACAGUGGGAUAUCCGAGAGUGAGACCAGGUCUAAGACCAGCAGGAGACAGAGAGCAGAGUCUAAUGCUGUGUUCUACGUGACAUCAGGUAGCUCCUCCUCCCAGGCCUCACCUGUCACCUUCUUCUCCACCCCUCCCUACAGCCCCACCUCCUCCCACUACAGCUCCUCCUCCAACUCCUCCCACUCUCCAACACAGCAGGACGACACCAGCUCUGACUCUCUGUUGGAUGUGUAUGGCUACACAGAGAACAUAACCUCCUACCACUGCCCUGAGGUAGGGACUGGGGUAGGGACUGGGGUAGGGACUGGGGUAGGGACUGGGGUAGGGACUGGGGUAGGGACUGGGGUAGGGACUGAGGUAGGGACUGAGGUAGGGACUGAGGUAGGGACUGGGGUAGGGACUGGGUCUUCCUGCAAGCUCUCCCCCUUUAGGUCCUUCCAGCCCGGCUCGGAGCAGUCCUUCCACCAGGGUGUCUUCAGCCAGACCGACGCCCUCUCUCCUCAGUCCUGCCCUUCUUCUCCCCAGUAUGAUUACCCAGCAUGCUCUGCUGAUGCCAGGUUGGUCCCUGACUGUCUGUCUGUAUCAAACUUGUUAGAGAGUUCAGCAGACUGCCCCAUCACCAUCCAUACUGAAGACUACAGCCUCUCAAUUCAGCCUCAAGAUGGCGCCACCAGUCCAUACCAGAGCCAACAGAUCCACCAUGUACCCCAGACUGUCUCUCCUCCUAUUGGAGGCCUGCUGACCCCUAACCCCUCCCCGACCUCCGACCUCUCCUUCCUCUACAAUGACAGAGACCAGGUAGAGAUCAGUAUCCUAGCCCAGCAGAUCUCCUCUCUGGCCUCCAGCUUCGACCUGUUCAACACCCUGAGCCCCAUCCAGACUCAGCCUCAGCCCAGCUCGGAGCCCCUUCCCUGGGCACAGCACCCAGGUCACUCCCCUGUCCCCCUCCACAUCAAGCCAGAGCUGGUCCUGGAUGAGGGAGUGUUUGAUAGUCUCCUGAAGGAUCUGAGCAUGGUUCAGGGACCUGGGAGUCUGUCUCACUGCUACCAACCUCAGGACCCCUCAACCCUGGCUCUGUCCUCUCUAGUGGACCCUCUACCCAUGGAGCAGUCCUCCCUCUCGCUCUCCCUCCCCCUGGAACAUUCCUCCCUCUCGCUCUCCAUCCCCCUGGAGCACUCCUCAUCCCUCUCUCUCUCCUUCCCCCUGGACCCCUUCCACCCAGCUAACAUGGAUCCCUUCUUUCUGAGGACAAGCUGUCAUAAUCAGACCUCUGAGUUGCAUCAACUCAACCACUAUCUGCCCCACAACCUCCAUCAAGAUGGGCUUGUUGAAGAAUCCAUGUACUGAUAUGAGUCUAAAUGGACUUACAGUACUAACCCUGGUAUGGCAUAUUGUCAUGACAACCAAGCAAGGCUUCCAGCCGGAGUCCAAAAUGAAGACUUUUUAAAGAAUGAAGACUUUUUAAAGAACGAAGACUUUUUAAAGUAUAAAGACUUUUAAAGUAUAAAGACUUUUUAAAGAAUGAAGACUUUCUAAAGAAUAAAGACUUUCUAAAGAAUAUACUUUUUAUAGAAUAAAUACUUUUUAAAGAGUAAAGACUUUUUAAAGAAUAAAUACUUUUUAAAGACUACUACAAUAUUUAGUAGUUGGUACUUUUCAAGGGAACUGGUUUCCCAAAUAUCUCUUAUUUUUGUAAAUGAAAUGGUGAUGAGAGGAAGUGAACCUUGUCCAGUGGACCAAACUGCUGAGGAGCUUGUUACUAUGUUGUUGUUGUAUUAAACUAUAUUGAUACCUGUUGACUGCUGUAAUUCACCGUCUGUGUUGAUGAUGUUGUUGUCCUGAUUCUGUUAGUAUGGUACUGUACUGUUUACAGCUAGGAAACGGACUAUCAGAUAUGUAGAAUUGAUGUUUAUGUGAAUGUUGAGGGACCAUGAUGAUUUACUACUGAGCACUUUCUGGAUGUGUUUGUGCUGUUUGAGAUAAUGUCACACAGGGACAUGACGUGCUGCUCCAGAGGAUGAAGCAGAAUAACAGAUUCUAAAUGCGUCCCAAAUCACACACUAUUCCCUGUAUAGUGCACUACUUUAGACCAAAGCCCUAUGACACCCUAUUCCCUGUAUAGUGC